GGGUGAAGGGAGGCUCUGUUCAGCUGUCAGGACCACAGACAUCAGGAUUGAUUAUGGCCUCCAUCAUAGCUUUGUCCUCUCUCCUCCUCACCCUGCUGGCUCACUGUACAGGGUCUUGGGCCCAGUCUAUGCUGACUCAGCCACCCUCUGUGUCUGGGGCCCUGGGACAGAGGGUCACCAUCUCCUGCACUGGAAGCAGCUCCAACAUUGGGAGUGGUAAUUAUGUGAACUGGUACCAACAACUUCCAGGAAUAACCCCCAAACUCAUCAUCUAUGGUAGCAGCAACCGACCCUCUGGUGUCCCAGAUCGAUUCUCUGGCUCCAGGUCUGGCAGCUCAGGCACCCUGACCAUCACUGGGCUCCACACUGAGGAUGAGGCUGAUUAUUACUGCUCAGCAUGGGACAACAGUCUGAAUGCUCUGGAGUUCGGCGGAGGAACCCAGCUGACCGUCCUAGGUCAGCCCACGUCCGCACCUUCGGUCACACUCUUCCCGCCCUCCUCUGAGGAACUCGCCGCCAACAAGGCCACCCUGGUGUGCCUCAUCAGUGACUUCUACCCCAGCGGCGUGACGGUGGCCUGGAAGGCAGACGGCAGCCCCGUCACCCAGGGCGUGGAGACCACCAAGCCCUCCAAACAGAGCAACAACAAGUACGCGGCCAGCAGCUACCUGAGCCUGUCGCCUGACAAGUGGCAAUCUCACAGCAGCUUCAGCUGCCUGGUCACGCAUGAGGGCAAAACCGUGGAGGGGAAGGUGGUCCCCUCACAGUGCUCUUAGGUCCCUGAGACUUCCAGGGAUGGGGGCCUUCCUCUCCCAGAUACCCCUUUGCCAGCUCACCAUGCCCCCCUGAGUCCCCACCCAGGUUCUGCUCAGAGCAGACAGGUCACAAUGCCAUCCCUGUUUAUUAUUUGCUCAAUAAAGAUCUCAUCAUUUAUCAUCUGA